AUGGGCAAAGCAACACACAUCAUCCGCUUCGUUGCGAGCGAGGACAACCGCAUCCACCUGGGCCAGCUGGUCGAUACCUCUCGAGACAUUGGCGUGGACAGCGUCGAAGGCAAGGAAAUCAAGGCCUAUCUGAUCAACGGCACCAUCUUCGCGCCCGAGGUCACGGAGCAUGUCUACACGGUCAAGCAGCUGCUGAGCCCCGUGUCGCCCGAGGACUGCAACUACAUCCGGUGUCUGGGCUUGAACUACAUGGAUCACGCCAAUGUCGGUUCCCUUCCCUCUUGUUCUCAAUGUGUCAGCGUGUGGCAGGCAUGA